AUGAGAAGAUUAAACCGCUCUGUACUCACCUCUUUGACCAAAGGCGACAUGAAUAUGCAAUUUAACAACCCUCGGGACGAUGAACUGACUGAAACUUUAUCAAUCUCUAGCAAUCCCAAUCUUAUGGUGAAUUUUAAACUGACAGAGGACAUUUGGAAUUUGGAGCCACGCGAUCCGAACUUGCCCAUGCAUUUAGUCAUUGUUACUCACGGUCUUUUCUCGAAUCUCACUGCUGAUAUGCUCUAUCUUAGAGACCAGCUCCUUUCAUUAGACCAAAACAUUGUGGUAUCUGGCUACAGAGGGAACGCAGGUCGUACAGAAAAGGGGAUACACAAGCUCGGUGUCGGUGUUUCUUUUCAUGUGACAAAUAUAAUCGACUCCUUCAAAAAGUCAGGAAUGCUGAUUGAAAAGAUUAGUUUUGUGGCCCAUUCUUUGGGCGGUCCGGUUCAGCUCUACGCUUUAAAGCACAUAUUACUUGUUAAGGGUAACGAUUACUUCAAGAGAAACAAUAUUCAACUUGAACAUUUCAUUUGUCUUGCGAGUCCCAUGCUCGGAAUAAUUAGUGAGAUGAGUCUAUGGGUCUCCUGGUUCCUUGACUUGGGUACACUAGGUAAAACAGGUCGUGACUUGACGUUGCUGAAGAAACUCCCUCUGAUAAAACACGAGAAAAAUGAUAACAAGCGAGAUGGUUUCAAACCUAUUCUCGAGACUCUCCCAGAUGAGCCUGUUCAAUCAGUACUCAAAGCAUUUAAACUGCGAACCGUAUACGCCAACGCUUUCAACGACGGAAUCGUGCCCCUACGGACAAGUUCACUUUUGUACUUAGAUUGGGCUGCUAUGGGUGACGUAAGCGCUCUAAGGAGCCAUCCCGAACAAUUGAAUGAUCGCACACAUAGAGACAAUAGCAGUAUAGGUAGUACUGAGACGAAUGCUCUGGGUCAUGAUGUUGGUGCCGUUCCUUACGAUUCUUUGUCUUUUGAAAUGUCUCAGCGUAAGUCUGGAAAGUUUACUGCCGACAAUUCUUUCAAUGAAGGUAUCGCAGAAUCUUUGACGCUUGAUAAAUUACGGCAAGCAAAAUCUGUCAGGCGAAAAAAGUGGUAUUCAAAAAUCUCGGCAAAGGGGAGUGAAACUUCCUUGCUGGAUGAUGAGGAAUCAGAUCUGCCAGAUUACGAUGAAGAUGCCUCCUAUUACAUUCCACCAAAAGCUUCUGCUGUUGAGUCUGCUUUGAGUACUUUGCUAUGCCCAGUCCCGUCGCGGAGUUACAUCAAUGAGCCUUCGAAGCGAUCUCUGGUUAUAUUUCAUGAUCGAUUUUAUCAUUUCAAUCACAUUCCUCAGGAUACUACGCCUGCAGUUGGAACCUUCAAGCGACUUAUCAGAUCUCGAGAGUGGAAACUUGAAAAGCAGGUCAAAAUAGCCAGAAAGUAUCACUCUUACGGACUUAACUGGAGAAAAGUUCUUGUGUAUCUUCCCCCCGAUGCACAUAACAAUAUCAUUGUUAGACGUCGUUUUGCAAAUGGAUAUGGUUGGGGUGUAAUAGAUCAUUUAUUAGAUCAGAUUUUCGCUGAGCCAAAGUUAACAGCGAAAAUUUAG